AUGGAUAAGAAAGUGUGUGGAAUACUCCUUUCUAUAAAUAACUCGUUUUCCAAAAAUUUUGACGAAAAAAGAGGCUAUCAAAUUAUUAUUAAUAAAACAAUUUUGAAUAAUUAUUGUACUAGUAACAAAUGUGAUAAUGAUCUCGAAAAAAUUAGUGCUGGAUGUUUAUAUUUGCUUGAUGCAUUCUUUAUGAAUUCCGAUUUGUUUAAGUCUGUUGCAAAAAGUAACAUCGAUAUUGUUGAAUACAUUAUCAUAUGGCUAAGUUAUAUGUUAAGCCUAAAGAAACAAGUAGGAAAUAAGACCAAUCUACAAUAUUUUUAUGAUAUAUAUAUAAAGAAUCAUGAAAAGUAUACAAAUUCUAUAACUGGUGUUGAUGCUUAUUAUAAUAGUUAUAAGGAUCUUAUAGAUCAAAAAAAAAAUUUGAUAAGUAUGGAUAUGAGUAUUAUAUCUAAAUUAUAUGAUGUAUUUAUUAAAUUAUGUAUGAUGCAUAUUGAAUUUGAUGAAAAUGUUCCAAAUUGCAAUAAAUAUUUGGAAAAUGCCAAAAGGUUUGUUGAAAAAUAUGAUGAACUUAACAAAGAUCCUAGAAUUACUGAAAAUAGUCCAUAUUAUAAAUUGUUGUCUACACUAUCAAAUGAUUAUGAUAAUUUUAAAAAGAAAUGUAGUGAUUCUAAAUGUUUCAAUUCUUCAUCCUUCCCAACGAUAGAAAAAGCACCAAAUUCUGUAGAAAGUAUUAAACAAUUUUCUGAACAGCCUUCUGCACAAGGUUCUGCACAUAGUUCUGGACAAAUUUCUGAACAAAAUGGACAAAGUUCUGAACUAAUUUCUGCACAAGCUUCUGAAGUUACAUCAUCAAAUUCGUCAAUAGGAAACAAAUUAUUUACAGUUUUAUCGGUAUUUGGCGCAAUAGCAUUUUUAUUGGGAAUUUCUUAUAAGUAUUCGUUAUUUGGAUUUCGGAAACGAGCUCAAAAACAAUAUUUAAGAGAAAAAAUAAAAAACAUAAAGAAGAGAAUGAAUCAUUAA